GUUGAACAGCUGAAGUCGGAAAUACGGAAAAAGUUAUUUUUAUUCAGAAAAUUGUUUUUCAGUAUAUUUUUAAUAUAAUACCAAAAUGUGUAGCCUUUCUUGUCGCCUGUUAAAAUUUCCAUUGGAAUUCGCUGCACUACGUAAAGUUUCGUGUAACCCAACAUCUAAAGUUCUGGCAGUAACAGCUAAUAGUACAUUCGAUUUACAGAGGAAAUAUUAUUUUACGGAUAGAAAUUAUAAGCAGCACGGGGGUAAAUAUUCGUACAAGCAUUUUGGCUUGGCUGUAUUAUUCGGCGCAUCAGCUUAUGUCUCAUACAAGUACUGGGCACAACACCAGGUAUUGCCAUCAAUAAAUGCUGCAGAGGAAAUUUCUGAAAAUGAAUCUGACAGUGAAGUUGACACUAAAAAGAAGAGAUAUAGAAAAGAAAAAAUUGGGUUCCGCGAUAGAAAGAUUAUUGAAUAUGAAAAUCGUAUGAGGUCAUACUCAACCCCUGAUAAAAUAUUUAGGUACUUUGCCACAGUGAAAUUGAGUCUUGGUGAACACACAGAGAUAUAUAUGACUCCUGAUGACUUUUUAAGAGCUAUUACACCUGGCAUGAAACAGCCUGAUGGUUUGGGGCUGGACCAGUAUAGAAGAUAUGACCCUAAAAGCAUCAGUCAACGUCUCAACCUCGACUUGGACGAAGAUUCGAUUUUCUAUAAACUCGGCUCUUCCGGCCUCAUUACGUUCAGUGACUACAUAUUUCUUCUGACGGUAUUGUCAACAUCUCGUCGCCAUUUUGAAAUAGCGUUCCGUAUGUUUGACUUGAACGGUGAUGGUGACGUGGACUGUGAGGAGUUUGAGAAAGUUGCGGCUCUUAUUAGACAACAGAGCAGUAUUGGAUCCAGGCAUCGGGAUCAUGCAAACACAGGCAACACUUUCAAGGGUAUCAACUCGGCUUUAACGACAUACUUCUUCGGACCUCAUCUAAACCAGAAGCUCACUAUUGAAAAGUUCUUAGACUUCCAGCAUCAACUACAAAAGGAAAUAUUAUCUCUCGAGUUCCAAAGAAAACAACCUGAUGAAAAUGGCCGCAUAACUGAGGCGGACUUUGCGGAACUUUUAUUGGCCUACGCUGGCUACCCGGCUAAGAAGAAGGCGCGAAUGUUAAAACGUGUCAAAAAGACUUUCCGCGACCAUGGCGUCGGUAUAACCAAGGACGAUUAUCUGAAGUUCUUCCACUUUUUGAACAACAUCAAUGAUGUAGACACGGCGCUCACAUUUUACCACAUAGCGGGCGCGUCCAUAGACCAGCCAACUCUACGCCAUGUCGCCAGGACAGUAGCUCAUGUGGACCUGGACCCCCAUGUCAUCAAUGUCGUCUUCACUAUAUUUGAUGAAAACAUGGACGGCCAACUCAGCAACAGGGAAUUCGUCGCAGUUAUGAAGAACAGAUUGCUUCGUGGUUUAGAGAAGCCAAAAGACACAGGUUUCGUGAAAUUAAUGUAUUCUCUUAUUAAAUGUGCGAGGGACACGAAACCGGCGAUACUUGACUUUUAAAGGUAUUCUUAUACAUUUCAUCUAAAAUACAAAUAUUGACUAUUGAGUCUCGGAGGGAAACGACUGCAAGGAAGAAAACUCGGACUGUGCCUAAAGAAUGUCGCAAAGUCAUAGAAUGGACAUUAGAAUAAGGUUUCGACAAAAAUAAAAAUAGACUU